AUGGAGCACCGCGGCGCCUCCCCGCUCCUCCUCGCCCUCGCCCUCCUCAGCGCCCUCUGCUGGCGGGCGCGGGCGCUGCCCCCGCGGGGCGCCGCCUUCCCUCCCGUCCCGCGAUUGGGAAACAGAAUGCCAUUUGAUGGAGCCAGUGAACCUGACCAUGCCCGUGGGUCAUUAAAGUCAGAAUCAGAUAUUUUGCAGAACACGCUACCUGAAAAUGAGAAAUUCUAUUUUGAUCUGUCCAGAAUUAUUGAUAGAAAUGCAAGGCAUGCUGAUGGAAUUUUCACCAGUGUCUACAGCCAUCUUUUGGCUAAAUUUGCUGUGAAGAGAUAUCUGCAUUCGCUUAUUAGAAAACGAGUUAGCUCCCAGGACAGUCCUGUCAAACGCCACUCUGAUGCUGUCUUCACUGACAACUACAGCCGCUUUCGAAAGCAGAUGGCUGUGAAGAAGUACUUAAACUCAGUUUUAACUGGAAAAAGAAGCCAGGAAGAACUAAAUCCUGCUAAACUUCGAGAUGAAGCAGAACUUCUUGAACCAUCCUUUUCAGAAAACUAUGAUUCUGUAGAUGAGCUGCUGAGCCACCUCCCACUGGAAGGAAUGCAGCACUUGAGGCCUGGAUUCUCUGUGGACUUUGUAAGUGCUUGCAAAGUCGUAGUUACUUGA